AUGGCAAAAAGAUCCUUUAAGUUGGAACACCCCCUUGAGAGGCGACAGGCAGAAGCUGCCCGUAUCAGAGAGAAGUACCCCGAUCGAAUCCCAGUUAUUGUCGAGAAGGCUGAAAGAAGUGACAUACCUGAUAUUGACAAGAAGAAAUAUCUGGUUCCUGCUGAUCUGACUGUUGGCCAGUUUGUGUAUGUUGUCCGAAAGAGGAUUAAGCUUGGUGCCGAGAAGGCCAUAUUCAUCUUUGUCAAUAACAUUCUCCCUUCUACUGCUCUUAUGAUGUCCACGAUUUAUGAGGACAACAAAGAUGAGGACGGUUUCCUAUACAUGACUUACAGUGGUGAAAACACAUUCGGGUCAUUCUGA